AUGUACUUUCCGACCUCGACAGCCCGACGAUUAUCGACUGUGCCAGCCCUUCCCAACAUCCCACCCGAGCAUGUCGUAGGCCUUUGUCCGAGUCCACGAAAAUCAUUCUUUGCUACGCUUACUCGAAACGGUAUUUCUAUCUGGCGCGUUCGCCCCACCGCCGUCCUCGCCCACCUGUCGCGAACUCCGACGUCAAUCUUUGACCAUGGCGAGAACGUCAAAGCAUACUGGGCACCAGAUGGAUCACGAAUUGUCAUUCAGACUUCCCUUUCGUAUCUUGUCCUAAUAGCAGUCACAUACGAUGUCUCGGACCCCGUAUAUCAACCUCCCACACUCACCGCCACCACUCAGCGCAACUUUCUUGCUGGUCCAGGCGAAGGCCUUCCUUUGAACCCCAUUGGUCUUCAUUUUGAAGGCGUGAUUCGUGUGGAGGGAACUCUUAUCAGCACAUCUCCUCGUCGGCAUUACCUUCUUUUCUCCACCAAGAACCCACCUGCAGUCCAGAGAAUUCCUUGGCCUUCCGAAGAGGAUGAACUACUAAACGACCAUGAAGGCCAGGAGCCCCGCAGAAGCAAGCGCUUUGGCAGCUACAACACUUGGAUAUUCAAUGAUCACGAGUUUGAAUGGUUCGUUGAACCGGAUGUUACUGUUGCACAUAUAUCGUACUCUCGUGCAACCGCCGUGGAGACAUGGAUAACCUCCGACGGUCGUGCCUAUUUUGUCCAGCUUCACGAACCCGAUUCCGAGGCAGAGAGCAGUACGUCCGAACUGGUUGAAGAUGAGCAGGGCCCUCAUACUCGCUCCUCCUUUGAUGAUGCUUCUCGCCUCCAUCCUGCCCCUUCUGAUGGAAGUAAUUGGCAUGGUACCUGUGUACAUGACUUCCCAACUCCUCGAUGGGUGCAAAAGCAGCGCCGUGUAGACCCAAAUGAACCUCUACACGAACGUAAUCGUAUGGCGUAUCUGGAACCGAAGCAGGCUGUUUGCGUGGCCUUGAAUAGCAGGUUUUCCCUCAUCGCUGUCGGAAUGUUGGGUGGAGGCGUUGCGUUGACAUCAUUCCCAACAUCUCCAUUUCAAACUAGUCCCCUAUCAUCCACGUCCCUCUCCGUGCCGAACCCCUACAACCAAGAUACAGGUCCUGUAUGUGCUCUGGAGUGGAGUUCGGACGGUUAUGUGCUUGCAGUUGGCUGGAAGCACGGAUGGGCGUUAUUCAGUGUUGGCGGUCGAUGUCUUGCAAGCGGUGGAUUAGGUACAGGUGAAGAAGGGUCCGCCGAUGAAAAAAGCUUUCAAGAUACAUUCAUGCAUGGAGUCUUGGACCUGUUCUGGACCCCAGGCAAUUUUGAGCUCGUCUUAUUGGCACGACGAGUCUCGUAUGACGCCGAUGGACAGCUCUUUACUGUCCCCUUUGCCAAAAGUGCCACGACAGGGCAACAGUCACCGGACAAUGCUCGUUACGCUUUUCUGCAAAUGGAUGACAGGGCGCUUGUUUAUCGUGGUGCUGAUCAACCUGACAUGAGUGUGAUCAAUCCAGAGUCUGAUGUCUGGCAGCAUGUCAAGAUCCCUUUGGCCUAUCUAUCGACUAACUGGCCAAUACGAUACUCUGCUUUGAGCAAUGAUGGCCGGUUGAUUGCGAUUGCUGGUCGAAGAGGACUUGUACACUACAGCUCAUCUUCAGGCCGAUGGAAGGUCUUCACAGAUGAGCUGCAAGAGCAAGCCUUUGCUGUGCGGGGAGGCCUGAUAUGGUUUCAUCACGUUCUAAUCGCUGCUGUUGAAGUGAAUAAAAUUUAUCAGAUUCGUUUAUACUCACGAGAUCUUGAACUCAGUAAUCAGAAUGUUCUUCACCGAGAAACACUUUCGACUCCCGUGAUAAUCCUCUCACUAGUGGACAACUCUCUCCUGGUGUAUACUGUCGACAAUGCACUUUUUCAUUACCUCAUAGUCCCUACUGAAGACACCAUCAAACUGCAUUUGUGCGGGAGUAUCACUUUCAAUGGCAUCAUUGCCGCUCCUGGAGCAGUCAGGAUGCUGAGUUGGAUGAUACCGUCAGCCCAAAAACAGCUCGGUGAUCCAGUGGAGGACCUAGCGGUUGCCACUGUGCUGAUGGUUGUAGGCGGGCAACUUGUUUUGCUUCGUCCACGGAAGUCCGCAGACCAAGAAGUUCAAUAUGACAUGCAAAUAUUUGCCGACCGAAUUGAAUUUUGUUGGAUACACUUACGCGGAAUCGGCGCCCUUGAAAAUUCUUUAUGGGGCUACGAUGGACAGAGUAUGAGAGUUUGGCUCAACGCUCUGUCCAUUGAGGCAUCACCGCACGAUUCUGCCGGUGAUAUGCUUCAGAAAAGCGUCAAAGAGAGCGUUAAUAUUCAUUUGGAUUUUUAUCCCUUAUCCGUACUCAUGGAUAAAGGCAUCAUAAUAGGUGCUGAACAUGAAGCCGCCACGCGAUCGAAUCUUCCUUUCGUCAUGUUCAGACAUGCCACGAGUUCCCAUUUGUUUCUGCACCAUAUCCUGCUUUGCUAUCUGGAAGCGCGGCAGGUCCAAGAAGCCGUCGUUUUCGCAUCUCACUAUCAAAAUCUUGUAUAUUUUGCUCAUGCCUUGGAAAUUCUUCUGCACACUGUCGUAGAGUCUGAAGCCAGUCUUGAUGAAGAAUCCUCUAGCGACGCGGAAACCGCUGUUUCCGUCCUGCCCAUUGUGAUCGAGUUCCUGGAUUAUUUUGAUGAAGCACUGGAUGUUGUAGUCAGGUGCGCGAGGAAAACAGAGAUGAUCAGGUGGAGAAGGCUUUUCAGUAUCGUUGGAAACCCCAAAGCUUUAUUCGAGAUGUGUCUCUCGUCGCGGCGGCUUAGAACGGCGAGCUCUUAUCUUAUAGUCCUUCACACCCUCGAACAGCUUGACGAACAUAAUGAGGAUGCCGUGCGUCUGCUAAAAGCGGCUGUAGAUGGGAAAGAUUGGCAACUUUGCCGAGAACUUCUACGGUUCCUCCAUUCGAUUGACGAUUCGGGAGUUGCGCUACAGAAUGCCUUGGCUCAAACAAAUUUGGGGAGCCUAGAUGUGAGGAACGGGGUAUUGCAAUGA